GGCACUGCCACAACACACACACGUGCAGGGCAAGCUGGGCGCCGCGGCGGUGCACAUAUUCUUGAUUCUGAACGCUGUAAAGGAGGAAGGAUGGCGGAGUUUGUAGAAUUCCGCAUCGAGGAGACCAUCCCUGAGGUGGAGGAGAUGGAGAGGCUUGGCCUUCUGAGUACCAAGGAAGUAAAGAAAUUGAUCCAGAAGCGAAGAGAUUUUGAGUAUCGCUUGGCAAGAAGAUCAAAAAGAAAAAUAGAUUUUAUUAACUACAUCAAUUAUGAAAAGAAAUUAAUUGAGCUAAUCAAGAUAAGAAGAAAGCAAAUUGGAGUGUAUGAGAAGAGGCAGCAGAUUGAGGCAUCCAUCUCCCGGAGAGUGCUAAAGCAGGCUCGCCUCCUCACCCGCCUAUGGCCUUCACACCUCGACACCUGGGCACUGAGGAUCAACUUUGCACACUUUAUUGGAUGGAAGGAGGAGAUCAGUGGUGCAUAUACAGAGCAAGUUCACUUCCAUGGCAAUAGUGAGAGUGUGUGGAUUGCAUGGGCAAAGUGGGAAAUUGAAGAAAGAAGAAACUUUGAUAAAGCCAGAGUAAUAUUGCUCUCCAAGGCUCCCCUUUAUCAUCCCAAGUCACAUCUUAUUAAGAGGGAGUUGUUUCGUUUAGAAUUGCUGUAUGUGGAAAUGCUGAUGAACAAAGUGAAACAUGAGAACAUUGCAGGGCUGGAAGAAGUCAUUGAAGAAAACCGUCAGAAGGUGUUGAACUGUGCUGUGGCCCAAGCAGUGUUCCUGGAUGCUGUGCGUACCCUGCCCAAACCAGAAGUGUACCUGGAGCUGUAUCAGGUGGCAGAGAAGUUUAAAUUUGCACAUAAGCUUCGUGAGGAAAUUUAUAGGGACCUUUGUAUGAAAUUCCCUGGUUCAGAAUGUCUUUGGAAGCUGAAGGCACAAAGGCUAGUAUCAGGACUGGUUGAAGCUGAGACUGCACUUUUUAACAGCAAUAGUAGUAAUGAAAAUAUGGAAACAGAAGAGGGAGAGGCUCAUAAAGAUUCAGCUUCGAGCAUAGGCACUGAAAGCAAAAACCAUGCUAAAGAAGUAAAUCAUGAAGAAACUGACAAGAAUGAAGAAAGUAGUGAUGAUGAAAUGAAUCUGGAUGGUGUAAAAGAUGAAGAGAAGGAAGAGAAAGAAGAGGAAGAUGAAGAAUCUGAAGAGGAGGAAGAGGAAGAAGUAGACACUGAAGAGGAUGUAGAUGAAGAGUUAGAUGGGGAAGAUGAGGAGGUAGAAGAAGAGGAAGAUGAAUCAAAUGAUGAAGAGGAAGAUGAUAGUGAUGUUGAAGAAGGUAAAGGAAAAGAGAAAUCUACAGCGAUAGAAGAGGAAGAUGAUGUUGGAGGUGAAAAGUCAGUUAAGAGCAAAGGAACACCUGAGGAGAGUGAAACAAGCCUCACCAGCUCUAAAUUAAUCUUGCCACCAUCGUCUGGGAAGCUGGAACCAAAAGCAAAGUUGGAGUUGGUUAUCUCAGUAUUUGAUGAAGCUCUGAAGGUGGUUGGAGACAAGUUUGUUAACACAUAUAUAGAUGAACUGCUGCCACUGCUGUACCAGUGUUGGGGUGUGGCAGACAUGGCCGGCCUCAUCUACAAGAAUCUCCUGAAAAUAUUUGAGCACCACACUGCACUGCUCUCACCAUUCCAUUUUUAUAUCUGGUACCAAGUGGUGUGCCAGCAGCAGGAGGAGGGCAGCAGCCAGCAGGCCCGGGCAGUGCUGGAGCACGGUGUGAGGCAGCACCCCUCUGCCUCCCACCUGAAGCUGGAGCUGGUUCAGUACAUUGUUAGGGAGGCAGACACUGAUGCACAAAUCAUGAAGGAAUUCAGGAAGAUUAGCUCCUCAAUGCAAGGCGAGUGUGGCCUGACAGCAUGGAGGGAGUUUGUCAAGCACCUUUGUAAGGACAAUAAUAAGAUAAAGGUGUUCAAGGCUGCUGUGGAUCAUGAGGAUCUGAGAGUGGCACAAGGCAUGAGGGUUUUGUACCUCCAGGAUGUAGGAUUGCAGGAAGGUAUUGCUAGUGCUCGUAAGCUGUACCAGACACUGAAGUGGAGGCCGCCCUUCUGUGGUCGCCUUCAGGCUCUCAUGGUGGAGUUGGAGCUUGCCCAGGACAUGGUGAAUGCUGAGGCAGUCAGGGAGGUAUUCGGUGUGAGCUUGCAGCAACAUGGCUCCACAAACCCAGGAUUGUGGUUAGCUUACAUCCAGUUUGAGAAAAAGCAUGGGGAUCCUCUGAAGGCUGGAGGACUGUACACCAGGGCUGAGAAGGAGCUGCAGCCCCAACAGGCUCUUUUCUUCCGUGAACUCAUUCUAACAGUGCAAGAAAUGCUCGGGAAGGAGAAAACACCUUCAGGAUGUGAAAGCAAUAAAAACAGCUACUUUAUUGAAAACACUGAGGAGGAAGAGAGCCAGUCUAAGGAAGAUGGUGAGCCCCGGCCAGCUCUGGCACCCAUUUUUGAAGAGGAGCUGACUCUGUCCUACACAGCAAACAUUGCUCGCAGCAGCUUUUUCUCUGCUAUUCACUCAAUGGAAAAGAAUAUAAAGAAAGGUAAAAAAUCCAUGACAGGAGAAGAAGGAAGAGAGUGGGAAAAGGUGUUGGAGCUGUUACUGGGCCAGAAGAUCACUCUCAGGAUCAAGGAGGUGAAGGUGGAAACUGUAGAUAUAGGAAAGAAUAAUAAUCCUCAUCAGGAAAAACUCAUCAAACCAAGGUUUAAGGACAAGUAUGAGCCUACAGACCAUCUGAACCCUGAAGAGAAGAAUCCGAAGACGACAAGGGAUGAUGACAUUGAAAAGAUUCUAGCCACAUCAGAAGUCUUGAAGCCAGAUUUCAUGCAAAAGACAUCCCUAUCUCCCUACUUCGUGAGCAAGAAGAAGGCCAAGGCACUGCGAAAGAAGGAGAGUGUGAAGACGAAAGGUCCAGGUUGGUUUAACAUGAAGGCUCCAGAGCUGACGGAGGAGGCCAAACGGGACUUGGAGGUGCUGCAGAUGCGCUCUGUUCUUGACCCGAAGAGGCACUACAAGAAUGACAUGAAGGUCCUGCCUAAGUACUUCCAAUUGGCUGAGGUGGUCGAUAGUCCUGUUGAUUUCUACUCCUCCCGUGUCCCCAAGAAGCAACGCAAGCGUACCAUGGCAGAAGAAAUAAUGCACGAUGAGGAGACCCUGAGGUACCAGAAGAGGAAGUAUACUGAGAUAAUAGCAGCCAAACAAAAGAAGCAGUUCAAGCACCCGAAUGUAUUAAGAAAAAAGAAGACAAAGAAAUCAGCAGCAAAGAAUUGAAAAUGGGUGUUUAAUAAUUAGAGUUAGGACACUUUUAUGUUUUACCUUAUUUUGUAUCUACAGUAUAACUGUAAAUAUUUGAUUAAAUAUUUAUAAACAAUU